UUUGCCUGCAUGUCAUAAGUUGAAAAAUGCGCCCUGAUAUCAGCUGUUAAACCUUAUAUCUUAAAUAGUCUGAUGCAAUGCAACGAGUUUAAAAAGUCAUUAUUUAAAAUUUAUAUCUAUAAUUUGCUCCAAUCCAUUUUCAUAUCUGAAGCGAUUGUAAUUAUUAAAUUGUAACUAUGUUGAUAACUUCUCUCUUGGGAUGCAGAAAUACUUCAUCCAUGUUGAGAUCAGGGACAAGUGGUCUUGUUAGAUCAAAUUUCCUAAGGAAUCGGAUAAUUAGCCGAAGAUCAACCACAAUCACUCCUCCUGCUGAACCUUAUAGUAAGUUUAUCGGACCCAGGGAUCGGAAACGCGUGGGGAAAUGGUUACUUUGUGUAGCAGGAGCCUCUUUCGGUACAGUUGUGAUCGGUGGUAUUACUCGUAUUACUCGGUCUGGUUUAUCGAUGGUAGACUGGCAUCCUUUCAGAGAAUUUCCUCCGUUUACUAGAGCUAGAUGGGAAGCAGAAUUUGAAAAAUACAAGCAAUUUCCUGAAUUCAAAUUGGAAAACCAUGACAUGACACUGGAGCAAUUCAAAAAAAUUUGGUGGGUUGAAUACCUGCAUCGUACCAUGGGACGUGUUACUGGCUUGACCUUCGCAAUUCCUUUCGGUUACUUUGUUUUAACCAGAACAUUUCCUUUCCAAUUAAUGAAGAAAUUGUAUUGUAUUGGUGGAUUACUUCUUUGUCAGGGUUAUCUUGGCUGGUAUAUGGUUAAAAGUGGUCUUGAAGAAGAAACAGCCAAAAAGUACAGUCAUCCACACGUUAGUCACUAUCGACUGGCAGCUCAUUUAGGAACAGCCUUCGUAUUUUAUUCUUUAGUCCUUUCAACUGCAUUUGAACUUUUGCUGCCUCCUCAAAUGGUCUCAAUCACACCAAAACAUUUAUUAUUUAGAAAGUGUUUAAUUGGCUUGACUGGUUUAGUAUUUGUCACGGCGAUAUCAGGAGCAUUUGUUGCUGGUUUGGAAGCUGGUUUAGUCUACAAUUCAUGGCCUAAAAUGGCUGAUAGAUGGAUUCCAACAGAUAUUAAUACUAAAUAUCCAUGGUACAAAAAUGUCACAGAAAAUCCAACCACUGCCCAAUUCGAUCAUCGUCUUCUAGCUCAUACGGUUGUCCUUAGUGUCCUCGCACUUUGGCUGUAUUCUCGUCGACUUAAUUUACCUCCUCGAUCCCGACUUGCUAUGAAUAUCUUUCUCGGAGCUGCUGCUGCACAAACAACUUUAGGAAUUGUGACGUUACUCACUUAUGUCCCUAAACCUUUAGCAUCUUUACAUCAAGCUGGUGCUCUAGGUUUACUUUCCUCUGCUAUUUGGGCAACUCAUGAGUCAAAGCUUUUUAGAUUAAUCCCUAAAUAAUUGUAAAGAUUCCCUCAGUGCAACUCUUUCAGAUAAGUUUUCGAAUCAUCAUCACAUAUUUAUUAAUUAUAGAAGUGUUCUGUUUUACA